GCCCCUCCGACUUUAUGCCCCUCCUUCCCCGUUCGUUUGCUCGGCCUAAACAGCUUCGGUUUUGGUCUGUCUCUGUUCUGUCCGUCUCUAGACCCAUGUCUACUCGCCAACAACCGGCAUGGCGGCAGCCUCCCUCGCAUGAGGGAGUGCAACUGCCGCCCUUGAAGGUGUACAACUCCUUGACCAAGUCCAAAUCGCCUUUCAUUCCUGUCGAUCCCAAGGGCAAGAAGGUUACCUGGUACGCCUGCGGUCCGACCGUUUAUGACGAUGCGCAUUUGGGCCACGCCCGCAACUAUGUCAGCACCGACAUCAUUCGGCGCAUUAUGCGCGACUACUUUAAGUUCGAUCUCGAUUUCGUGAUGAACGUUACGGAUAUCGAUGAUAAGAUUAUCCUGCGCGCGAGACAACAACAUCUCUUCAAUGAGUUCGCCGCCGUGAACCCCGUUGUCACCGCGGAAGUGAUCGAUACCACGAAGAAAGCCUACAAAGCAUACCUCAAGAAGAACCUCUCCUUGUUGGAUCCCGAGUUGCCGCCAUCACAAUACCAAGAUACCGUGGCGAAAACAUAUGCGACGGUUCUCAAUGGUGGCGCUCUCCCGGGCAAUGAGAAGGCGGGUGAUGACGAGGCCAAGGUCAAGAUGCACAUCAAGACCGCCACUUCGGCUGCGAAGGUUCUGGCGGAAGCUGAGCGCGUUAACAGCGCAACCGAUCCUGCAGUGUUCGCCGAGUCCUUCUACACGAAUGCGCAGGAUGUCCUCCUGCCGUAUCUGGAUGCUCUGAAGGGUACCUCCAUUGAUGCCGAUGACCACAGUAUUUUCACCAAGCUUACCCGAAAGUAUGAGGAGCGGUUUUUGAAUGAUAUGCGGGACCUGAACGUACUCGACCCCGAUGAUUUGAUGCGCGUGACGGAUCACGGUCCGGAGAUCGCCGAUUACGUGGACCGUAUUGUUAAAAACAACUUUGGUUACACCACCCAGGAUGGAUCGGUAUACUUCGACAUCGAAUCCUUCGAGGCGGCGGGGCACCCUUAUGCGCGCCUCGAGCCAUGGAGCCGUUCGGACAACAAACUCGCUGCGGAGGGAGAAGGCUCCCUCACCAGCAAAACUACAGAGAAGCGGAGCGCCUCCGACUUCGUUCUUUGGAAGGCUUCCAAGCCGGGUGAGCCCAGCUGGCCCAGCCCUUGGGGCAAGGGACGGCCUGGCUGGCAUAUCGAGUGUAGUACCCUUCAUGGUAUUCGGCUCGGCCAACACAUUGAUAUCCACUCCGGCGGUAUCGACCUUGCUUUCCCCCACCACGAUAACGAACUGGCUCAAAGUGAGGCUUAUUUCAAUAGCCACAACCAUGAUCAAGUUAUCAAUUACUUUUUGCACAUGGGCCAUCUGUCAAUCCAGGGUUCCAAAAUGUCAAAGUCUUUGAAGAACUUCACAACUAUCCGCGAGGCCCUCGACCGCAAGGACUGGAACCCGCGAAGCCUGCGCAUCGUCUUCCUUCUGGGUGGCUGGAAGGAUGGUGUUGAGAUCACUGACGAUCUUGUGAAUACCGGAAACUCCUGGGAAGACAAGGUAAACAACUUCUUCCUCAAGGUGAAGGAUCCCGCCGCUCUCCAGGGCUCUGGCACCGACACUACAUUUGCUACCGAUUUGGAGGCGGCCAAGACUGCGGUAUAUAACCAGCUCUGCGACUCCUUCAACACACCAGCUGCCUUGCAGUCCAUUUCCGAGCUUAUUACGAAGUACAACACCGCCGAUAAGGCCACUUUGAACCCCAAGGAUGUCAAGGCUGCUGCUCUCUGGGUGACUUCCAUCGUUAACAUCUUCGGUCUUAAUGGAACUGCCACUGCCGAUAGCACUGAGAUUGGUUGGUCUGGUAUUGAUGUCCCCGAGGAGGCCAAGCCAUUCCUGUUCCCGCUUUCUACGAUGCGCGACACUCUCCGACAAGCUGCCCGCUCAAAGGAGGGCAUCUCUCCCAGCCAAAUCGAGGAAGCAAUCAAACAGCAGCCCGCCCCCAAGGAUGCUUCCGGCUCCGCUAAGCCUUAUGCCGAAGUCCUGUCGAACUUCCGGGCCAAGGUUUCUUCCCUGCAGUCAUCCGACUCCGUCGGCAAGGAUAUCCUCACCCUCUGUGACCGCGUCCGAGACAUCGACCUGUUCGAGUUGGGUGUCUACCUCGAGGACCGUGACAAUCUCCCCGCUCUCGUCCGGCCAGUUACCCAAGACAUGAUCCAGGCACGGGAAGAAAAGGAGGCUCGCGCCCGCCAGAAGCAGGCCGAGAAACUGAAGCGUGAACAGGAGGCUCUCAAACAGCUGGAGAAGGGCAAGCUGAGUCACCUCGAGAUGUUCCGUACAAAUGAGUACAGCGCCUGGGACGAUGAGGGUCUGCCUACCCGCGAUUCGAAGGGCGAAGAGAUCACCAAGAGCCGGGCGAAGAAGCUCCGCAAGGAUUGGGAGCGACAGAAGAAGGCACACGAGGCGUGGGUGGCUGCGCAGGCCAAAUAG